CCGCAGUACAUAAACAUACCACCUACCUCACGCGCCAUCUUCUAGCUAAUAACCAGUCGGACUCAAACAUUGUGUAAAACCUCAGUUUGCGCCUGUCUCAAUACGUGGUCGUGUUAGCUAUACUGAACAAUGAGUGACAUUGAGGACGGAAACUGUGACGUACGGGGGUCACGGUCCCCAUCUAAAUCGGAUCGUGGGAGUCCAGCUCGGGUCAAGUCGGAGAGCAGGUCCGGCUCCCCGAGCCCAUCCCGGGCCUCCAAACGCUCUGAGUCCAGAUCCCGCUCUCGGUCAAAAUCUAGGUCUCGUUCUAGGCGACACUCAAAUCGCCGCUACAGCCGCUCACGCUCGCGGUCCUAUUCCCACCGGAGGAAGUCCCGCUCUCGUUCCUACAGCCCCGAAUACCGCCGCAGGAGGAGCCAGAGCACCUCCCCUAUGUCCAACCGACGCCGCCACACCGGCAGCAGGAGCCAUGACUUCACAAAAGAAGCAUACAGUCAUGGCGGUGAUGCUGAUGUUAGGGCGAACCCCGACCCCAGCACAUGUUUGGGGGUGUUUGGCUUGAGCCUGUACACCACAGAGCGUGACCUGAGGGAGGUGUUUUCGCGAUAUGGUCCUUUGGCCGGGGUCAAUGUGGUGUAUGACCAGCGCACGGGUCGUUCCCGUGGCUUUGCCUUUGUUUACUUCGAGAGGCUCGAGGAUUCCAAAGAGGCAAUGGAGCGAGCCAACGGCAUGGAGCUGGAUGGGAGGCGCAUCAGAGUGGAUUAUUCCAUUACCAAACGUCCCCAUACACCCACACCAGGGAUCUACAUGGGCCGACCAACUCACAAUGGUGGCGGGGGCAGCGGUGGAGCAGCAGGAGGGGGAGAGACUCAGUACUAUGACCGUGGCUACGACCGCUAUGACAGAUACGAUGAGUAUGACUACAGGUAUAGUCGCAGGCGCUCUCCAUCACCAUACUACAGUCGGUACAGGUCUCGCUCGCGGUCUCGCUCUUACAGCCCACGACGUUACUAAGUUGCUUCUUUCAACCUUCAGCUUCCUUCCAAUAAUUGAUUGCGUGUGACUCAUCAAGGUGUUUUCAUCAAGGGGAAAAAUUUUUGAACCAGCAUGUAUAUCAUCAAAACUCUUUAAGUUUGAGAUAGUUCUUGUUUACAAGCAAUAGAUGUCUUAAUUUUUUUAGACGUUUGUUGAUCCAUGUUCAGUGUGAGCAAAGAACUUUUUUUUCUGUUAGUGAUGGUAAAUGAGAUUUUUUUGCACUGAUCACUGUUAUCCUUGUCAUGAUGGGGAAAGAAAACUGGGUUUUAGUAACUAAAGAUGACACUUAUUUUACAGCCUGUAUUAAGUAAAUAAUUAUCAGAAUAAUGUCUGUAUAUGUACAGUAAAGAUAACAAAUUGAUUAAAUCUAAAUGCUACUUAGGAACUAACUGAGUUUACUGGUAAGUAGCAGGUAAAAUGGUGCUGUAAAAUAAAGUGUCGUCAUGCUAUCAGUGGUUGGUUCUCUGCUCACAUCCACUUUUUUGUCCAGGAAGUAAUCAUUUCAGUUUCUCUAGAGAGUUUUAUGUAUUGCAUUUUUUUAUUGUUGUUUCUUUGUAUGGAAAUACAAAUAUAUGAAAACUCCAAA